AUGAACGCGCCGUACGGCGUGCCGCAGGGCCAGCCUGCCGCCGUACCCAAGCGGUACGACGGCAAGAAUGGCGCACCUCUGUAUGACUCGGCGCACGGAGGGCACUACGGAGCAAGUGCCGCGAUCGCGGCUGGAGGGCAUGCGCCGCCCCCAGAGACAUUCACGGGACACUGGCAGAACGUGAGUCUUCGUUGUGCGCAGUGCGGCAGUACGCGGACGCUGACAGGAUUGCUACAGGUAUCGCAAGGCCUUAGUGGGCCCUACCGAGACAUUCUCAACACGUACUGGCAGAACCAGGUCACGAAGCUGGAGACGGACGAGCACGACUACAAGCUGCACCAGCUUCCUUUGGCACGGAUAAAGAAGGUUAUGAAGGCGGAUCCUGAAGUUAAGAUGAUCAGUGCAGAAGCGCCAAUACUUUUCGCUAAAGGUUGCGACAUCUUCAUCACAGAGUUGACGAUGCGCGCCUGGAUCCAUGCCGAGGAGAACAAGCGUCGAACGCUUCAGCGAAGCGAUAUAGCGUCUGCCCUUGCCAAGAGCGACAUGUUCGAUUUCCUGAUUGACAUUGUCCCACGAGAAGAUGCGACUCCGCAGCACAAGAGGCGUCCCGAGUACACGCAGGGAGGGAACUACGUGGAUCCUUCUCAAGGUGAGGCUGGGCCGUCUGGUAUGCAACCUCAGCCACCGCAGAUGGGAGGACAGCCAGACUUUGGCGGCGUGGAACAACAGCACAUGCCGCCUCAGCAAUACCAGCAGCAGAUGGGCGCAUACCCGCCUCCACAACCGCAAGGCCAGUACGGCGGCCAGCAGAUGUUCGACCCGAGCAUGUACGGUGGACAGCCCGGUGCCUAUCCGAUGGGCCAGAUGCAGCAAAUGCCCCAGCAAACCGUGAGUAAAGUCCGUUCCGUGCAACAGACGACGCUGAGGAGCUGACAGUCAUAGAUGUACCCAUCUCAACAGCCCGGUCACCCGCCAAUGGGCCAGCAAUAUCCACCGGGUCAACAAGGUGGUGCAGACGAGCAGGAUGCGGAAGGCGAGCAGGACUAUGGUAAUGGCUAG